ACUAAUACACGUUGUGGUCAUAUAAUUAAUAGUACCCGAUCGUCAUUUGAAAUGAUCUUAGAAUUUAUCGGUUUGUUAGUUGCUGGUUACUAUUUCUUUUAUUUCAUUGCACAACCUUUUUUGGAUUGUGAUUUACAUUUGGCGUAUAAAGAAAAAUAUGGAAAACCCAUUGAUACGCUACGAAACAAAGUUGUAUGGAUAACAGGUGCAUCCAGUGGAAUAGGAGAACAUCUUGCCUAUGUCCUUGCAGUUGCUGGCUGCAAGUUGAUAUUAUCAGCCCGGAGAGAAGGUGAAUUAUUAAGGGUCAAAGAAAGAUGUCUAGCAGGUAAUAAGUUGUUGACAGCGGAUGAUGUGGAAGUUCUAGUGCUGGAUGUUGUUGCUAUCGAAACACACGAAAAGGCGUUUAACCAUGUCAUCAACAAGUUUGGCAAACUGGACAUUCUAGUGAAUAAUGCAGGAAGAUCACAAAGAGCAUUGUGGGCAAAUAUAGAAAUAGAUGUGGAUCGGCAAAUGUUUGAAUUAAAUGUAUUCGGAACGAUUUCCUUGAGUCGCAUAGCCAUGAAAUACUUUUCAAAGAGAGGUGAAGGUCAUAUAGCAGUGACUUCAAGUUUGGCAGGUGUUAUGGGCGUACCUUUUUCUGCCACCUAUACCGCAACAAAACAUGCACUUCAUGGAUACUUUGGUGCUUUGAGGCUGGAAACUUUUGGACAGAACACCAAAAUAACGAUUUUUUGCCCUGGUCCGAUCCAAACAGCUUUUUUGGCGGAGUCUUUUACUGAGAAAAGUGGAGAAAAACUUGGAGAAGAAACAGCCGUAUCUGAUGCAAAAAUGAGUGCCGGACGUUGUGCCAAGUUAUUUGCAGUGGCAUUGGCUAAUGAAGUUUAUGAAGCUUGGGUUGCUUACCCUAAAAUGAUGAUACUUGUAUAUAUUUGCGCCUACUAUCCCAAUAUAAUGAACUUAUUACCCAAGUUUAUAUCAUCGAAGAAGUUUCUUAACAUGCGAGACUCUAAAGAAGUAUUGAAAGUAGAGUGAAAAUAAUAUCUAUUGUUCCAGAAACAAUUUUAAUUUUGUCAUAAUACAGUGAAGUGCCAUUAAAGUCCAUCAGCUAUGGAUCCUUCUUGACUUUUGCGAAUAUCCUCACUUUUCACAACUUGGCUUUCAUACCAGGAAAUAAGUUGUUUUUCCCAUUUAGCGAUACUGAAAUCUUUCAUGGGAGUAUUAGAUCAACGUCGUCAUAUUGAUUGGGUAGAAGAAAAAUGCUUUCUGAAGAGCCAUUUUAUUUGCCGAAUUUAUUCGAUAUUGUUGUUACUAUGAGACAGUUUAUUAAAUUUUGUACAUUAUACUAUGGUGAUCUUAAAUAUUUAAAUUGGUAAAGUUAA